AGGCUGCGGUUAGAAAGGUUUAAAGCCGGGUCCACAGUGUCGCGGCGCAGCUCGCUAUGGCCGCAUACCACCUGACCAUCUACGCCCAACGAUACACACAACCUGUCCGGCAUCGUGCAUCGCGUCCGCGUACUCACGGUGCCGUACGUCUGACCGACUGGUACCAGUACGGUACCAGUUGCCCUGCAGCCAGCCACCCAGCUGCGCGCGCGCGCGUUUCUCUCGUCUGAACAUCGCCAUCGUCUCGCCGAUCCCAUGAUUCGAUCGAUACGUUCCAAAGAAUACGAUCGACCGAGAGCCGAAGCGUCGUUUCGUCGGAGCAAAGGAAUUUCCACAUUUACCGAGUGAAAUUGCCAGCUUCUCCACCCGCACGAGGAAGAGAGAGAGAGAGAGCGACGAACGACGCCUCGUUACAUCGGCUUACUCGCGCGCUGGCAAAAAGAGAGGCGAGAGAAGCGUGUUGGUUGCGGCAGGUCACGAGGAACGGGUCUUAAGAUGGCCUACAUUAUCCAGCCUUAUCGGUGAGAGAAAGAAACAGGGAGAAGGAGAGGAAGAAGAAGAGAAGACCACCACGUGGCGGGAGAAACGGUCGAGAUAAUAGCCGGACAGAAAGAAAAAUGGGACAAGCUUGGUGCAAGGAGAAGACCUCGAAGGCACAGGACUCCAAGUCUCCUCUGGAUCGAGUCUUCGUACGUUGCGCGCAUCGGAUCUACCCCAGCUUGAAGGAAGAGGGAUCGGUGUUGGGCGGUGGGACGCAAAGAGUGACAAGCUCCGAAAUAGGGUACGCUGGUUCGCCGCCAAGGGAAGCGCUGACCAGAGGGAGAAGCAUAGAUUCCGUGGACAGGCCCUUUCAUCCGAGCGACUGGGUCGACGUGAACCUCGAAGUUCCCAGCACACCGAGGGCGGCCUCGGUGCUCACCAAUUUAACCGUCGACACGAACCUCUAUCCGGCCACCACCCCAACGUCCAGCUGUUCGAAUCUAAAGGACGUGACACCGAUUCCACCGCCGAGACGCCGAAAGCGGAACAAGGGCAGGCCUUUGCCACCUAAACCGGACGAGGUGGGCACGGAGAACUCGUCCAACGUGGACCGGACGGAGACCGGGAACGAGCCNUUAUACUCGUCGGUGAGGUCGCCGAAAAGCAGCGGGGACGAGCAGGAGGCGGAAGAGAAGGCGAGGCCGUACGAGGACUGCGAGGGGAAAAGGACAAAGGAGAUUUACGAACACAAGGUUAACGGAACCGGGAGAAUAAUACCGAGCGACGUGGUUUCCGGGAGAAGGUGUUACGAGAGCGACGAGUACGAGAGAUUCGCCAACAGCCGCACGAGCAGAGAUUCCUCCACUCCGAAGCGCGAGGAGAAGAGAAAAUGGAGGCAGGCGGAGAACCCCCGUCCGAGGAGGCCCGUCAGGAGCAGCACCGUAUCGCUUCCGGCCGAAUCCUUCCUCUCCCCAUUUUCCGAGAAAACGAGCGUGCGAUUGGAGGAUUACGUUCCAAGGUCCGAUAACCUAUCGCCGUAUCAGGUCAUAGAGAAGUUGAGCAGAGCGAACGGGAUGGUGAAAGAAUACGAGUACGUAAAGUACGACUCGAGCGGAGGGGAGCAUUGGGAAUUAAGCGACAUCGGAUACUCGGAAAUUCAGGAUAAGAGUUGGGGCGAGGACGCGGAGAAGGAGGUCGAUCCCUCGAUCGACUCGAAAGAAGACGACGAAAGGAGAUCCCCUUCGACGAACGGCCGCGUUCCCGAAUCUCCCGUCUACUCGGAGAAGCCCGAAGCGUUUGGAAAAACGGGGGAGUCCCCGCUGGUCGACCAACCGGAACUCGCCCAAGUCGAUCCAAAUAGAUCUCACGCGAGAUUCUAUGAUCCACCCCCUACCAUGGCAAACUGUUGCAAAAUUAUCGGCGAGUCGUCACGGUUCAAAGAGCCGUUUUUCUUGGACGAGGCGAAACAUCGUUCCGUUUUAGAUACGAUCGGCGGGUCGAGCGAGGAAGGGAAACUGGAAUCCGACCGAUUCGGCCAAUCGAGGAGCGCGUCGCGUCGGGCGGACCCCGAGGAGGAGGAGGAGGCCGAGCCGGCCGAGUUGAGCUCCACCGCUCUGAUCAGAACCAUCUCCGAGGAGUCGCUGCCGCGCGAGAUGCUCGAGGAGCCGGACGACUUCUUCGACGAGAAACUCGCCAAGGACGCGCGCAACAACAUGAAGAAGUGUCUGGACGAUUGGAAAACGAGCGGCACACCGCCGCCCAGCCCCGAGCCCAGGACCAAAUCCGCCGUCCUCGAUCCCGAUCACUCCACCCUGUUCAAAAUCCUGAGGGAGGAGGCGGCGGAGGAGAGCAACGUGAGCUCCAUGACGCCCAGCCUCACCGAGUUGGAGGCCGCCUUGUCCGACAUGUUGGAGAAGGAGGAGCCGCAGGAAGGCGGGAGCAGAGCCAACAACGAACAGAUCCCGAAAAUAUUGGAACCCGUGAUCGAGGAGUGGAGCAACAAGGAUCGAAACGGGGCGGGGGAGAGGAGUCAAUUCACGACGGACGAGAGGAAGGCGACGAGGGUGGCAGGGCGAAAGGUCUCCUUCUGCUCGUGGGAAGAGUCGAUCGCGGCGGCCGAGUCCCGUCAAUCGGAGAACGAGAAGACCUUUUCCACCGAUAUCCCGCCAAAGAAACCCAACAGAUCGAACAAAAGCUCGGAGGAGGACUUUUCGAAUCUCGUCCCGACACCCCCUCGAAGGAAGAACAAGAGUCUCGGCGUGGCGAGGAGGGAAGCCGAAACGGCGCAAAACGGCACCAUCGCGCCCGACCACCACAACGACAGACUUAUCUAAUCGUCGAUCUCGU